AUGGCACAACUAACAGCCCGUACCGUUUUGUCAGCGCUUUCGAAGCGAACACUUAUGCCUGCUGUUGUCUCACAUCGUUCCUUGGCCACCGAGGCUUCACCUGAAGACUACGGUUAUUAUCCAGACCCUCUUGAGCACGCCACUGGUCGUGAGAAGAAAAUGCUCCUGGCACGUCUCGCUGGAGAUGAUCGUUACGAACCUAAAGUAUACUAUCGUGCAGAAACGUCCACGAAAGAAAGGCCUAACUUGGUGCCAUCCCAUUUUCCAGACAGAAUCGUUGGAUGCAUGUGUGAGCCUGAUUCUGGCCAUGUGAACUUCAUGAUCAUUCGCAAGGGAGUACCGAAGAGGUGUGAGUGUGGACAUUGGUUCAAGGCUAUUGAUGCUGAUCCAGAAUCCGUCUAA